UGGUUUUAAUAAACUCUACCAGUGAUGACAAGUUUGUACUUAUGACGGGUGUUUUUUCGGGGUGUUUGCUUUUCAAAGUGGUAUACGUGUGUGAUAAAUAAUGUGCAUGUAAAUAUACUCUUUUGCUCAGGAGAUCGUCUAGCAUGGUUUCAAUUAUGGAUGUAGAAUCGGAUAGACAGGUCUGUGAUAAUCGUGUAAUAAUAUCGCAAAGUGCGGUUAGUCAAAAAUCGAUUGAUCUAGAUAUCUCGCUCAGGCCAAUCAUCGCAACAACAUCAGAUCGAGAUACGGUUAAUUUGGAGUUGAUCACAACAGGGACACCGGCAAACCAGUUGAAUCAACCCUGUUCGUCUACAGCAACUUCUAUAGUCGUAACCAAUCCGUACAACAGUGAUUCUGGGGAUACUGACUUGGUGAAGAAAAGCAUGAAGUUAAACCUGAUCGACUCGUCCAGCAUCAACAGCAACGCUCGGGAGGUUAGCAUACCGGGUGAUUUUAUCAAUGCAGCAUCUUCAGGCAGCAGUGUCGGUGCUAGCUCUAGCACUGUUGUAACAACUACGGCAGCGAUCAUCAUGAAACAUCACAAACUAAGGGAACGAACAUUUAGUGAUGAGAUUGGCUCGCCAAAAUCACCAGCUGCCACCACAGGUGAGGGCAUCGUUCAUUGUGCGUUAAUGAUUGCUCCAAAAAAUUCUCCAACUAUCCAAGUAGAAGUCGUCGAUGACCGCAAGGCAUUGAGAGAUGCGCUCUACCAAGGAAUUUUUCAUCGUCACCGUCGAACUAUCUUUGCGGUAGGAAGCUUUUUGCGCAUGCUAAAAAGUCGAAAUUCUUCAUACAACACGAUUCGUAGCUCGUCGGAAGGAGAAGAUGACACAAAAUAG